AUGCCCAGGUAUCCGCUCCAAGAAACAUGCCUGGCUGUGAUUUACGGCACCCCGUUACUGGCCACCAUAUUCGUCGCUCUGAGGAUAUACACAAGACGGAAGCUGAACCUGCGGCUCGGCUGGGAUGACUGGUUGAUCGUUAUUCCAACGUUACUUUCAAUAGCCCUAAUAGGGCCUUCCUACAAACAUGUCAAGAUGUGGCAUGUCGGCAUACACAUAUGGCAGGUCCCGCCAAAUGAGAUCGAACCAGACUACGACGAGUACUACGCCGUGCUCCUCGCUUUCAAUCUCCUGAACAUUCCGAUAUUACCGCUCGUUAAAGCUUCGAUCAUACUUCUGCUCCUGCGCGCCGGCUCGGUCAUCGAAUGGCUGAAGAAGGUCCUCUACGGCAUUCUCAUUUUCACCAUCGGAAGCGCAUUCGUACCGUGGUGCCUCUACAUUUUCAUCUGCCCGCCGCUCACCGGAAACACCUACAAGCCACGGACGUUUGGAGGUCUGAAAUGUAUGAACCGUCAGCGGUAUGGCGAGAUGCUCAUCUGGGUCACCUGCGCCAAUCUCCUCACCGACCUUCUCAUCUUCCCAAUUCCCUUCAUAAUUGUCCGGAGGAUGAUGAGCGCACGGCUACGAUCAAGAAUGGUGGUGCUUGCGGUCUUCACCUCCAGCUUAGCUGUAACGGGCAUCGGCGCCGCCAAAAUCUACCUUUCCUACCGCGACCGUCUCUACACUCUCUUCAAGCCGGAUUGGACAUAUCCGAUCGACUACUGCAUCAACCACGUCGAAAAUAACGUCGCCAUCAUCGUGGCCAACAUCCCGAUACUGCGCGGCCUGGUCACGCGCUGGGUCUUCAAUUUCAAGACAAAAGCCACGCCCAUCGAGCGUGAGUUUCGGAAUGAUUGGCAAUGGAGCACUUCAAAUUCUUCCACUUUCACGCGGGUGGCGCGCAAGAACAAGUUCGCACAGAAGAUCAUGCCCUGCAUCGACGACGACUUCUCCUCCUCGCUCGCCCGCUCGCGCGACAUCCGCGAUCCAAACCUUCCGCCCCGCGUCAUCACCGACUUCCGCAAGAACCGAUCCUUCAAGGCCCGCUCGCGGAAACAGUCGCGCCGCAACAGUCUCGACAGGUACGAGACGGCCGAUUGCUGCGAGAAGGGCGACGCGCUAGAGACGGUGAGGAGUAUCGGGAGCUUGGGCAGCGCGCCGACGCUGGUGGAGAGCAAGGAGCUGGAUUGGCGGCUGAGCGAGGCGAGCCUCAUGUCGAGCCCUAGACGGGUCUCGAGUCCGACACUGAGCCCGAUUUCUCCUUUAUCACCCUGUGUUUUGAGGGGCAUUGAGGAUGAGGAUGAGAUAUUGAGAUACCCAUGA